GUGGGUCUUUGAGUCUGGUCCUGACACUGAUAUCCAUUCAUUGAUAUGCAUCAGGAAUAACAGCCACUGUUAUUUCCUCUAAUGACUCCAUUAGAAUCACUAACGCCCUCUCUGUCUCACUUUGCAGGAUCACGUUAUGUGCAGUGGUUCAGAGGAAAACCAUCUACACUGACUGAGUCUCCUGCUUCAUCAUUUGCGGAAACGAAUAGAAUCUUUGCAUCAAAUAAUAAUUCUGAAGUUUCUCAUACUUUUUCACUAACACUGUUGUCUGCAAAUCUUUAAAUCCCAGGUCACAUCCCUGCCCGCCGUCACUGUGGCAGAGUAUGCAGACUAUGCUACGGCCCCUUCAACAGUUUUCAUCUCAAUUUUCUUGACCCCUGUGAGGUUUUAUUUUGAAAGUCUUCCCAGGAAGUCUUCGAAUUUUAUUCUGGCUGACUUCACACUUGGAGGCGCAUCUUUGACUUCAUGCGAAGGAACCAGGCACUGCAGGACUAUGUGGAAUAUUUUCCUGCAAACAACCUGACUCUCCAGACACAAGGAUGUCUUGGCCUGCUCUGUACACUCAGCUGGUCGGGGCGAACCGUCACUCCACCAGCCUGGGUAAAGUCUGGCUCUCCGUGCUGUUUAUUUUCCGGGUCAUGGUGCUGGUUGUUGCCGCCGAGAGCGUGUGGGGAGAUGAGCAGUCUGACUUCACCUGUAACACACUGCAGCCCGGCUGUGAAAACGUCUGCUAUGACCAGUUCUUCCCUGUGUCCCACAUCCGUCUCUGGUGCCUUCAGCUCGUCUUCGUCUCCACACCAACGCUCCUGGUUGCGAUGUACGUGGGCUAUCGGAACCACAGGGAUAAAAAGAGGCUGCUGCAGGGCUCGGGUAGAUCUGGUUUUCUCAGCAACAAAGGUCAGGAGGAAGAGUUGGAGACUCUGAAGAAGAGGAGACUGCCAAUAGCCGGCACCCUGUGGUGGACGUACGCAUGCAGCCUGGUGUUCAAGCUGCUGUUUGAGGGAGGCUUCAUGUAUGCCCUGUACGUGGUGUACGAUGGUUUCCAGAUGCCUCGGCUGGUGCAGUGUGACCAGUGGCCGUGUCCUAACCUGGUGGACUGUUUCAUCUCACGUCCCACUGAGAAGACCAUCUUCACCGUUUUCAUGGCCACCACCUCGUCCAUCUGCAUGGUCCUCAACAUGGCUGAACUUGCCUAUCUUGUUGCCAAGGCUGUCACUAGGGGUCUCAGUGGUCGGAAGGAGAGGAAAUCCAGCAGAGAGAGGACGCUGACAAAGACAAACUAGAAGUUACUUGUCUCAGCCUGAGGUAGCAGCAACAAGGUGGAUGAUACAUGCAGGACAAAGACAUUACAAAGAAAAAAACAAUUGGAGCACACGUGAAUGACCCAAAUGUGUAAAUACAGCAAAAAGUGGACAUUUUCUAUGAUACCUGAAUUGUUCAUAUGGGACAUUUUAAAGGUAGAGAGAAUGCCAACAACUCAAAAGUGUAUUUUUCCACGGUGCUGUUUGAGGUUAUGUCAGUAAUUUGUUCUGUUAGAGUAGUUGUAUAAUAGUUGUAGUUGUAUAAUGGGAAAAAAUAUAGAUCAAGACAGAUCGUGUUUAUUAUAAUAGUAGGGCUAUCAUGCCAUCUACUGGGGAGCAAGAAAACAGCAUGAGGAAAACUCACUAGCAGCUAUACAUAUACUGUACACCCACCUACAGUAUGUACACACAUAUACAGAAAAGUUGUUUGUAUUUUUCUUGGAUUCACUGAAUAACAAAUUCAUUGAAUUUUACUUUCACAAAUGACGUUUUAGCUUAAUUUGUGUCAGUCUAAUGGUUUAAUUAAAGAUUCCUAUCAUAUUAAUAAUACUCUUGUCUGGGAAAACUAAACUGACUAACUCAGGGAUUAUUUUGUUGCAUACAACGUAGUACUAAAACCCUUUAAUUAAUUAAAACAGCAGUUCUGGAGAUAUAUUCCACUACAGUAUGUCAUACUUUACAAAAGAUUUGUGGGUCACAGUAAGGAGAAGUUGCUGCUUAUAAAAGAAAGUGAGGAAUAUGUGUUUUUUUUAUAAAUGCACUAAAGAAAGGACGAGGUGGACACACUGCUGACACUGCUAAGAAAGCCACUUUAUGCUUUACUCCAAUCGUCAUGUUUCUGAGUUUGAGGCAGGAUUAGGCUUUUGGGAAAGGCUUAAUGUUGUGGUUUACAGCGCUGAUGCAAUAUUUCAAGAUAAAAAUUGCCAAAUUAACUGUUUUUGUCCAUUUACAACAGAUGCAUUAAGUGACCUACUGUAUGUACUGUA